ACCAAUGUGGCUACAACACUGAAAACAUGACCCGAAACUGAAUCUUAUUAAAAAUGAAGAGAUUAACAAUAACAACAGAGACGAAGAGCAGGAAAAGAAAAAGGUCUACAAAAAAAAUGGCGGUAGGCAAAGAAAUGGAGAUAUUGAAGCCAAGAACCGACGACAGAGACUACAGAAGAGUCGUUCUCAAGAAUUCACUUCAAGUUCUUUUAAUCAGCGAUCCUCAAACCGAUAAGUGUUCUGCUUGUAUGAAUGUCAACGUCGGUUCCUAUAGUGAUCCUGCUGGUCUGGAAGGGCUCGCUCAUUUUCUCGAACAUAUGUUGUUUUAUGCUAGUGAGAAGUAUCCAUUGGAGGACAGUUACUCCAAGUAUAUUACUGAGCAUGGAGGCAGAACUAAUGCUUAUACAACUUCUGAGCACACCCAUUAUUUCUUUGAUGUCAACGCUGAUAGUUUUGAAGAUGCCUUGGACAGAUUUGCGCAGUUCUUCAUUAAACCAUUAAUGUCAGCUGAUGCAACCAUGAGAGAAAUUAAGGCUGUUGAUUCUGAGAAUCAAAAAAACUUGUUGUCUGACUCUUGGAGAAUGAACCAGCUUCAGAAACAUCUAAGUGAUGAAGGCCACCCAUUUCAUAAAUUCAGUACAGGGAAUUGGGAGACUCUGAAUGUUCGGCCAAAAGCUAAAGGAAUGGAUACAAGACAUGAACUGAUUAAAUUUUAUGAAGAAAAUUAUUCGGCGAACCGUAUGCAUCUUGUGAUAUAUGCCAAGGAAAGCCUUGAUAAAAUUCAAAGCCUUGUCGACCACAAGUUCCAGCAAAUUAGAAAUAAAGAUAGAAGCUGUUUGUCUUUUCCUGGACAGCCUUGCAAAUCCGAACACUUGCAGAUUCUUGUAAAAACUGUCCCAAUAAAGCAAGGUCACAGAUUGAAAAUCACAUGGCCAAUAACUCCAGAAAUUCUUCACUAUAAGGAAGGGCCGUGCAGGUAUCUUAGCCAUCUUAUUGGUCAUGAAGGAGAAGGAUCUUUGUUUUAUGUCUUGAAAACUUUGGGAUGGGCUACUGGUUUGGGUGCUGGUGAAGGUGAAUGGUCGACAGAAUUUUCUUUUUUCGACGUGUCAGUAGAUCUAACAGAUGCUGGACAUGAGCACGUACAGGAUAUCAUAGGGCUUCUAUUCAAAUACAUUCAGCUCUUGCAGAAAUCUGGUGUUUGCAAAUGGAUAUUUGAUGAGCUUGCUGCUGUUUGCGAGACAAAAUUUCAUUAUCAGGACAAAACUCCUCCAAUUGAUUACGUGGUCAAAAUUGCAUCUGAUAUGGAUAUAUAUCCUCCUAAAGAUUGGCUGGUCGGAUCAUCCUUGCCUUCUGUUUUCAGUCCAAAUAUAAUUCAAAUGGUACUGGAUCAGCUAUCACCAAAAAAUGUUAGGAUCUUUUGGGAGUCAAAGAUUUUCGAAGGACAAACUGAAAAUGUAGAGCCAUGGUAUGGAACUGCUUAUAGCAUUGAGAAAAUCACAAGCUCUUUGAUUCAGGAAUGGAUGCUAUAUGCUCCAAAUGAAAAUCUGCAUCUACCAGCACCUAAUGUCUUCAUCCCUACUGACUUAUCACUAAAGAAUGCUCAAGAGAAGGUCAAAUAUCCGGUGCUUUUAAGAAAGUCAUCCUAUUCAUCUUUAUGGUACAAGCCUGACACAAUGUUCAAUAUACCCAAGUCAUAUGUGAAGAUAGAUUUUAGCUGCCCCCACGCUGGAAGCUCUCCAGAGGCUGAAGUUCUUACCAAUAUAUUUACACGGCUGUUAAUGGAUUAUCUGAAUGAAUAUGCUUAUUAUGCGCAAGUUGCUGGUCUGUAUUAUGGCAUUACCCACAUCGACAGUGGUUUUCAGGUGACUCUGGUUGGUUACAAUCACAAACUGAGGAUCUUAUUGGAAACCGUUAUUGAAAAGAUUGCAAAAUUUAGAGUCAAUCCCGACAGGUUUUCUGUGAUAAAGGAAAUGGUUAUGAAGGAGUAUGAAAAUUUUAAGUUUCAGCAGCCCUAUCAGCAGGCUAUGUACUAUUGCUCUUUAAUACUACAAAAUCAAGCAUGGCCUUGGAUGGAAGAACUUGAAGUGCUUCCUAAUCUUGGAUCUGCAGAGCUUGCUAAGUUUGUUCCAGUAAUGCUCUCAAGAGCCUUCUUGGAGUGCUAUGUCGCAGGUAAUGUUGAACGCACUGAGGCAGAAUCAAUGAUUCAGCAUAUUGAGGAUGUCCUUUUCAAGGGUCAAAACCCUAUUUGCCAACCAAUAUUUCCGUCUCAGCAUUUGACUAAUAGAGUUAUCAAGCUUGAAAGGGGAAAGAGUCAUUUGUAUCCAACUGAAGGCUUAAAUCGAAGUGAUGAGAAUUCUGCUUUGCUGCACUAUAUUCAGGUUCAUAGAGAUGAUUUCCUACAGAAUGUGAAACUUCAGCUUUUUGCUUUAAUUGCAAAGCAACCGGCUUUCCACCAGCUUAGAUCAGUUGAGCAACUUGGAUACAUUACCGUGCUCAUGCCGAGGACCGAUUCUGGUAUUCGUGGAUUACAAUUUAUCAUCCAAUCAACUGUAAAGGGCCCUGGACAAAUUGAUUUGAGAGUUGAAGCUUUCCUCAAAAUGUUUGAAACUAAACUCUAUGAGAUGACCAAUGAGGAUUUCAAGAAUAAUGUUACUACUUUGAUUGAUAUGAAACUUGAGAAGCACAAGAAUUUGAGGGAAGAAUCUGGAUUUUACUGGCGAGAGAUUUCUGAUGGCACCCUAAAGUUCGAUAGAAUUAAUUCUGAGGUGGCCGUGCUAAGGCAGCUUACACAACAGGAAUUUAUAGAUUUCUUCAAUGAAAAUAUAAAAAUAGGAUCAUCUCAGAAGAAGAUAUUAAGCGUCCGCGUUUAUGGGUCUCCACAUUUAUCAGAGUACUCAUCAGACAAAAAUGAAGCUCUUCCACCCAACUCGGUCCUAAUAGAUGAUAUCUUCAGCUUCAAAAGAACCCAAUCGCUAUAUGGUUCGUUUAAGGGAGGCUUCGGCCAUGUGAAGUUGUAGGAUUGGAAAUUGUUAUUGCAGGCUGUUGAUUAAGGCUGUUAGAAUGAAUUGGAAGCUUUAUCGUUGCAAUUUGCAUAAAUUUGGUCGCAAAGGCGCCAGGCCUGCCUAAGCUCUGCCAUCGGAACCAAGUGUUUACAGAUUUGCUCCCAAUUGAGAUUUUUACCGACGGCAUUAUUACUUUCAACCUCAGCAUUAUGUUGUAACUUGCAGUUGUGUAGCAUCAUAAUAUUUCCAUUACCAUUUCUGUUUUACUGGACCUUAGAAAAUUACGAACAUAAAUGAUAAGAUUUGGUAUAGGAACUUGCAGUAAAAGUUAAUUUAGAGGUCAUUUAAAAUUUUUUCUUUAAGAAAAAAAAGUUUGUGCU